AUGGGGAGGUUCACCCGCCAUUCCUCAUCCUCAGCAGCGGUGAAGGAGGAGGUGAGCCCCCCGCCGGGGUUCGAGAAGAUGAUGGCCUUGAAGAAGAACGUCGUCCUGGCCGCCCCGCCGCGGUUGAAGAAGAAGGCCGCCGUCAUCACUAGGAAGGAGAAGCACCUGGCGGCGUUGAUGAAGGAGAAGCAGCUAGCGGUGGUGAAGAAGAAUGCCAGGCUAGACAUGCCCUCUUCCUCGGCCGCGGCCUCGAGGGCAGUGGGCAAGAAGCCAGCGGUGGGGCUCGCGGUGGACUCGGAUAGCGAGGAGGAAGGAGAACCCAUGGAGGCAAGGAGGAAGGAGAGGAAGGCCAUGCAAGCAGCGGCGGCAGUGGCGCCUUCUUCCUCAAGGGCAGCGGCCACCAAGAUGUGCGACCACUGCUUGGAGGGAGGAGCCAGGACGUGCCGUUUAUGGCUCUGCGGCGAAGUCGGUGGUUCAAGCUCCACCCAUGGCCAGGUUCGAUAUUAUCAUCUCCCUCUACAUACCAUGCACGAGGCCCUGGACGUAGCUCUGAAACCCAUCAUGAAGAGCAUAGGCAGUCUUCAGCGGAGUAUUGACGAACUCAAGAAAGAGAAGGCUGAGAACGAAUAG